GGGAAGAAAGAAAGCCAGCCUUGGGUGCUAUUUUUCUUUCUUGCAUCUUCCCCAUCUCAACAAGUCUUCACUCGCAAAAAGAAACCCUCAAAAACCCGAAACAGUUUCAGAGCAAAUCCAAACAAGUCCGUACGCAAUGAGUCGUGGAAGCGGAGGUGGCUACGACCGUCACAUCACGAUUUUCUCUCCCGAAGGCCGUCUCUUCCAAGUGGAGUAUGCUUUUAAGGCUGUUAAGGCUGCUGGAAUCACCUCGAUUGGUGUACGAGGAAAGGAUUCAGUUUGUGUUGUGACUCAAAAGAAGGUCCCGGACAAGCUUUUGGAUCAGACAAGUGUCUCACAUCUUUUCCCCAUCACCAAGUAUCUUGGGUUGUUGGCAACUGGCAUGACAGCUGAUGCGAGAACCUUGGUUCAACAAGCGAGAAAUGAAGCAGCUGAGUUUCGCUUCAGAUAUGGAUAUGAGAUGCCUGUGGAUGUAUUGGCAAAAUGGAUUGCUAACAAAUCUCAAGUCUAUACUCAACAUGCUUAUAUGAGACCACUUGGAGUAGUUGCUAUGGUUUUGGGUAUUGAUGAUGAAUUUGGACCACGGCUCUUCAAAUGUGACCCAGCAGGCCAUUUCUUUGGUCACAAGGCUACAAGUGCUGGAUUGAAAGAGCAGGAGGCAAUUAAUUUCUUGGAGAAGAAAAUGAAGAAUGAUCCUGCAUUUACCUACGAGGAGACAGUGCAGACUGCAAUUUCAGCCCUGCAAUCAGUUCUACAGGAGGAUUUCAAAGCCAAUGAGAUUGAGGUUGGAGUGGUGGGGAAGGAGAACCCUGCCUUUAGAGUUUUGUCCAUGGAGGAGAUUGACGAGCACUUGACUGCGAUAAGCGAGCGUGACUGAGACGGAGCAAUACCUGAAUCCCAUCUGGAACAAUACCUAGAUUGAUCUACUGCAGGAUGCUUUUUCUUUCAUGUUAUUUUAAAAUCAUGAAACAUGUGCUCAAAAGGAUUUUGGCUGAGCUUACGACUUGAUUGUAUUCUGAUUUACUUAUGCGACAUUAUGCUUUCUUUUAUAA